CGCCUGCGCGCUGCAGGCUUCGGGCCUCCCGGCCUGAGGGAAAGGAGCCGGGAAGAUGGCGGCUGUGGUGGAAAAUGUAGUGAAGCUAAGAAUCUGAAUGAAUUUUGCAAUGGGUUCAUGCCCCCCGUGGGCGAAUACAGCAAGCUCCUUUAAUGGCCUUGGGGAGCAGUAUUACAAAGAUGCAAUGGAGCAGUGCCACAAUUACAAUGCCCGCCUCUGUGCUGAGCGCAGCGUGCGCCUGCCUUUCUUGGACUCACAGACCGGAGUAGCACAGAGCAACUGUUAUAUCUGGAUGGAAAAGCGACACCGGGGUCCAGGAUUGGCCUCUGGGCAGCUGUACUCCUACCCUGCCCGGCGCUGGCGGAAAAAGCGGCGAGCCCACCCUCCUGAGGAUCCAAGACUCUCUUUCCCAUCUAUUAAACCAGACACAGACCAGACCCUGAAGAAGGAGGGGCUGAUCUCUCAGGACGGCAGUAGUUUAGAGGCUCUGUUGCGCACCGACCCCCUGGAGAAGCGAGGCGCCCCAGAUCCCCGAGUUGAUGAUGACAGCCUGGGCGAGUUUCCUGUGACGAACAGUCGAGCACGGAAGCGGAUCCUAGAACCGGAUGACUUCCUGGAUGACCUCGAUGAUGAGGACUAUGAAGAAGACACUCCCAAGCGUCGGGGCAAGGGGAAGUCCAAGGGUAAAGGUGUGGGCAGUGCCCGUAAGAAGCUGGACGCUUCCAUCCUGGAGGAUCGAGAUAAACCCUAUGCCUGUGACAAUAGUUUCAAACAAAAGCAUACCUCGAAAGCGCCCCAGAGAGUUUGUGGAAAACGUUACAAGAACCGACCAGGCCUCAGUUACCACUAUGCCCACUCCCACUUGGCUGAGGAGGAGGGCGAGGACAAGGAAGACUCGCAGCCACCCACCCCGGUUUCCCAGAGGUCCGAGGAGCAGAAAUCCAAGAAGGGUCCCGAUGGAUUGGCCCUGCCCAACAACUACUGUGACUUCUGCCUGGGGGACUCCAAGAUCAACAAGAAGACAGGACAGCCCGAGGAGCUGGUGUCCUGUUCUGACUGUGGCCGCUCAGGGCAUCCGUCCUGCCUCCAGUUCACCCCCGUGAUGAUGGCAGCAGUGAAGACCUACCGCUGGCAGUGCAUCGAGUGCAAGUGCUGCAACAUCUGUGGCACCUCCGAGAACGAUGACCAGCUGCUCUUCUGUGAUGACUGCGAUCGUGGCUACCACAUGUAUUGUCUCACCCCGUCUAUGUCUGAGCCUCCUGAAGGAAGUUGGAGCUGCCACUUGUGUCUGGACCUGCUGAAGGAGAAAGCUUCCAUCUACCAGAAUCAGAACUCCUCUUGAUGUGGCCACCCCCGAUCCCGCAUACAUCUAGGGCUGUUUCUCUCCUGUUUUUCAUACCCACCUUCCCUUCCUAAUCUCUUUCACAAGUCCAGAGAACCUCGGGGAGGUCGUGCCAACCUGCCUUUGGCAGCAGCAGGCUGAGGUGGCAGCUCUGACCGCCUCUGGCCCCAGGCCCUCAGGGAGAACGGAGCGUCACACUGCCCCAAGGCAUACCUGUGGGCCCAGCUUCUCACUGUUCUCCAUGAAGUGCAUUCACUCUGUCUGCCUUGGGCCCCGGCCCUGGUAUUCACAGGGUUCAAAGAGUGUCCUCUGAGAAAGAGUGGGAGAGCAGCUCACUUCUCUCAGCUCUGCCUCCACUCUGGUCCCCAGGGUUUCCCCUUCCCCUGGAGGUGAGCCAGGCUGGGGCCUCUGCCAGAGCAGCUGGGAGUGAGAACUGAGCAAGCUUGCAAGAAGCUUCCGGUGCCCUCUGUGCUGCUUAGCCUCACAGCCUCCUUCCCCCAGAGUGGCUCUCUGCGGCUCUCUGUUCCUGCUACCCAGGAUCCUUUGCCUGAGCCAGGAUGCUCUUGGUCACCCUCCUGGCUCUAUCCCAUUCCCACCACCCCACGCCACGGGGAGUAGCAGCUUCACCUGAUUGUUCCUUGUGCUUGCCUGGCUCACUGUCACGGGCGCUGGUCUCUAGUGACUGAAGCAUUCCCCACCCUUGUUAUUUCCUGUCUUCUGCCUCCCCUCCUUAUUCCCUUUGGUUUUGUGGGGAGAGGGGAAGCAUUAGGGGGCCAGGCCAACUGCUUGGGGGCCACAGGGAGAUGUUGGAUAAUGUGCCUGUUUUUUAACUCGAUGAAAAAGCCUACCUCCGAAACCCCCUUUUUGUUCUUCCUGGACCUGGGCAUUCAGCUCCUGCCCUUAACUGAAUUGGGAGCCUCUGCCUCCUGCUCUGUGUAUCCUGGCUCCUGGGUGGUGGGGAAGCCACAUAGACAUCCCUUUCUUCCCUGGCACACUCGCUAGCAGCUGGUAAGGUCUUCGCACCCUGAUUCUUCAAUUUUCUGCCUGGUGACACAUUAAGUAGUGUGGGGGGCGGGGACAGUCCAUGCCAGGACACCCUGGAGUGUCCUUCCCCUUGGCUGUGGGCAGGCCCUAAUUCACUGUCAUUUUGGAGUUGAGGUGUCUUUUUUUUUUUUCUUUCUUUAGUUCCUGUAUUCUAAGCAUUAGUACAAAUAAACAUUUUUACACAGAGCCCUCUGCUGGAUUGUUUAUCUCCAGACUCCCUUUCCUGGUUAAGGCCACUUCAUCCUAAAACUUUCUUCCUUAGGACAGUGGCUUUUAAAUGUUUUGAAGCAUAGCUUUUACCCCAAAUUAAAAUUUUUGCU